CCUCCUGUUGGAGGUUCCUGUGCUUCUCCAUGUUGGAUAUUGAUGCUUCCCUCUGACUGCAGAUGCUGGUGCCAUAUGCGUUGGCUCUAGUGGUCAGGUAUGAAUACGGGUUACCAGAGCAACCCCCGGACCAGCUGAAGGUCUUCCUCGAGUGUCUGCCCAUCCUGGUCCUCAUCAUUCUGAUCUUGGAGCAACAGCAUGGAAAUGACUUCUCCUUCAGGCUGGCAGUAGCUAUGGGUUUUGCUGCUGCAGGUGACGUCUGCCAGCUCUACAAAGAACACUGCUUCACCCACGGUGUCCUUGCCUUUGGGAUUGCCUACUGCCUCUUUGCUGUGGCGUUUGGGUUGAAGGUAGACCACAAGUGCCUGGGGGCACUAACCUGUGUGGUGGCUGGGGCUGUGUAUUACCUGGCCCCUCCCGCAGUCCAGGCUGUUUCCGAGCCAGUGGUGCUUGCCUACAUACUGUCCAUCUUGCUGAUGAUCUGGAGAGCCUUGGCUUGGUGGAAGAAUACUCACCAGUGCUACAGCUGGUGUGCAGUGGCCGGAGCCAUCACUCUCACCACCUCCAACAUCAUCCUGUCCAGCCACAUCUUUGAGUUCCCAGUCCCCCACAGUCCAUUUCUGAUCACUUUCAGCUAUUACAUAGGGCAGCUGCUUCUAGCUCUGUCUUCACUCUAGGCCCAGCUUGAAAACAUUAUUUUUUUCACAUACAACUCCCCAGCAUUCCUCUUACAGACUCCCUGAGCUGGUCCACUCUACAGCACCCAGCAUUAUCCCAUUCUAAAUUGUACUUCUUGGGGCCAUGGUCACAGAUAAUGGGACCUUCUCUCACUCCAUCGUUCCCAACUCAACCCUAACCCAGAGUCAGCCUUCAGACACAGCCUGGGGUUUGAAUCUCUUUACCCUUACCCCAUAAACACCCCCUCAGAACAACCUGGAACCCCUGAACCUUCUGAACCACCACCCAACCCAAAUCCAUCUGAAACUCCUCCUGCAUCUCCAUCCAGA